GUCCCUUGUUUUCGGAUACACAGCUUUAAUCCAUGUCAGAAGGAGCCCGAUCUCUCUGGUCGAAGAGGGGUUGUGUGGAGUCGCAUCGCCGAGGUAGGAGCCGAUAGAUUCUGUCUUGCAUUUCCCCCAGCGUGUCGGCAGUGCUAGAAGAAGCUUGUCCACCUGCAGCUCACAUACACGGGAGUGCCCUUAUUUACACCUGGCCUGCUGAAUUGGGUUCGGCACCUUGAGAUGGGACACCGAGAGGAGACACGAUUGUCGGUAAUUCGGAAAGCCCGAUACCGGCGCCCAGGCAUGGGCUGUGCGAUUCUGUACGUAAACUUUGCUACACAAUGAGGUUUCCCAGCCCGCGAUGGGAUCGUCCCAGCCUCCCCGUGAUGUUAAUGGAAGAGAUCGUGAAUUGACAGUUGCAAAAAACAAAACGCUCAAAAUGGAGCCAUUACAAUAAGACUUGGAAAGAGGAUGUUGUGGCUUUUUAACAGAUUGAAUUAUCCUCUUUUCAACAUGUUAUACAGCAGAACUGCACCCCGAGUGAAUGUUUGAAGUACGAGCUUUGCGCAUCGUAACGUGGUGUGACUUUAAGGCCAGCAUCCUGCUGCAACAUGAAUCGGAAACUGAACUAUUUUAAAGAAAAACAAAAGCCUUCUCAAGUGCGAGGUGAAAACGAGGCUGCGCUUAUGCAGCAGGGAAAGCACAAGCAGAGAAAAUGUGAGCUUCCCCACAUUACACAGUCUGCAAACCCCACGUUUGGCCUGGAUGUACCGAAGAGAGCUGUGUGCUCGGGUCUCUCCACAUCAGAACAGACUCCCCCACCUCCGCUCCCUGCUGGGCCGGGAUUAAAAAUGUCAUUAAUGGCAGCGGACGUGGAAGUGUUCAUCUCCUGCGACCACGACAGCAGCGUGUCGUCGGGCUUCCGGGCGCUGUACGAGGAGCGGCUUCUGCUGGACGUCACGCUGCUCAUCGAGGAGCACCACUUCCAGGCGCACAAGGCCCUGCUGGCCACGCAGAGCGACUACUUCCGCAUCAUGUUCACGGCCGACAUGCGGGAGCGCGACCAGGACAAGAUCCACCUGAAGGGGCUGACGGCCACGGGCUUCAGCCACGUGCUGCAGUUCAUGUACUACGGCAAGCUGGAGCUGAGCAUGCUGACCGUGCACGAGAUCCUGCAGGCCGCCAUGUACGUGCAGCUGACGGAGGUGGUGGAGUUCUGCUGCUCCUUCCUGCUGGCCAAGAUCUGCCUGGACAACUGCGCCGAGGUCAUGCGGCUCCUGGACGACUUCGGCGUCAACAUCGACGGCGUGCAGGAGCAGCUGGACGCCUUCCUGCUGGAGAACUUCGUGCCGCUCAUGUCCCGGCCGGACUUCCUGUCCUACCUGAGCUUCGAGAAGCUCGCGCUGUACCUGGACAGCGACCGGCUGAGCCGCUUCCCCGAGAUCGAGCUCUACGAGGCGGUGCAGGCCUGGCUGCGGCACGACCGCCGCCGCUGGCGCCACACCGACUCCGUCAUCCAGAACGUGCGCUUCUGUCUGAUGACGCCCUCCCACGUGUUCGAGAAGGUGAAGACCUCCGAGUUUUACCGCUACUCCCGGCAGCUCAGGCACGAGGUGGAGCAGGCGCUCAACUACUUCCACGGCGUGAACGAGCAGCCCCUGCUGGAGAUGAAGUCCAACCGCAUCCGCUCGGUGCGGCCGCAGACCGCGGUGUUCCGCGGGAUGAUUGGGCACAGCAUGGUCAACAGCAAGAUCCUGCUGCUGCACAAGCCCAAGGUGUGGUGGGAGCUGGAGGGGCCCCAGGUGCCGCUGCGCCCCGACUGCCUGGCCAUCGUCAACAACUUCGUGUUCCUGCUGGGCGGGGAGGAGCUGGGGCCGGACGGCGAGUUCCACGCCUCCUCCAAGGUGUUCCGCUACGACCCGCGGCAGAACUCCUGGCUGCGCAUGGCCGACAUGUCGGUGCCGCGCUCCGAGUUCGCGGUGGGCGUGAUCGGGAAGUACAUCUACGCCGUGGCGGGCCGCACGCGGGACGAGACCUUCUACUCCACGGAGCGCUACGACAUCGUGGAGGACAAGUGGGAGUUCGUGGACCCCUACCCCGUCAACAAGUACGGCCACGAGGGCACCGUGCUCAACGGCAAGCUCUAUAUCACUGGCGGCAUCACGUCCUCCUCCACCUCCAAGCAGGUGUGCGUGUUCGACCCCAGCAAGGAGGGCCUGACAGAGCACCGCACGCGCCGCACCCAGGUCGUCACCAACUGCUGGGAGAACAAGUCCAAGAUGAACUACGCGCGCUGCUUCCACAAGAUGAUCUCCUACAACGGGAAGCUGUACGUCUUCGGCGGGGUGUGCGUCAUCCUCCGCGCCUCCUUCGAGUCGCAGGGCUGCCCGUCCACGGAGGUGUACGACCCCGAGACGGACGAGUGGACCAUCCUGGCCUCCAUGCCCAUCGGCAGGAGCGGGCACGGCGUGGCCGUGCUGGAUAAGCAGAUCAUGGUGCUGGGGGGGCUGUGCUACAACGGGCACUACAGCGACUCCAUCCUGACCUUUGACCCCGAGGAGAACAAGUGGAAGGAGGACGAGUACCCCAGGAUGCCUUGCAAGUUGGACGGCUUGCAGGUGUGCAGUCUGCACUUCCCCGAGUACGUACUGGAACACGUGCGACGCUGCAGCUGAGGAGCGGAUGUCCGCUUCCUGCUGUUUGUGUCCGGGACCCCCUUGUAUUUUAAAACCCAGCCGUUGGAAUUCCCCCCCCCCCACCCCAAGAAAACUAAAAUCCAACCUCCCCCAAAAUGAAAAUCUCAAUCCUUGAUGAGGUUUUUAACAAUAGGUCAGUACUUACUACAAUAUUCAGGGAAACUAACUUUCCUGAUUCUCUGUUAAUUGUUCUGAGGUAGGAGUGGGGUUGGUCAGAGGAAGGUGAGUAGGGUCAGUUUAUGCAUUGAGAUUCAGUCUCAGGCUUUUAAUUCUUUCAUUUCUUCUCUAGUUCAAUUUUCAUACCAUACUUUUCCCACAAAAAUAAAGAGAGAGAUCCGCAGUUUCUUUGUCAUUUUGGCAUACCCUCAACGUUUUCGUUCUGUUCAUAUCUUGUGUAGAAUUCACGGUAGGAUCUAACCAACAGUGCAGUCAUUAUCUCGCAGUGGACAUGGCUCUGAGCUCAUGAGUGCGUUUCUGUGAUGUACUCUGGCGUUUUUACACACUUUCCUUAAAAAGAGCCUUCAAGUUGGGUCACAUGGGACUUCGUCUCCUGCUGGUGUUCAGAGAGUGCAAGUCUGUACAAGCUGUUGGUGUCACAUGGAAGCAAUGUCUGUAGUGGGGGUGAAACGGUUAGCUAAGGAUUGUAUGUAUGUUGUUUUUUGUUAAUCCUGUCUUCUGGAGCAUUGACUGGACAGGUGCCUGCGGGUCAGAAACUGCACUGGCCACCCCAGUGGCAUUGAGCUGUGAUGGAGACGGGCCCUGAGGUCUCAGCACCGGGGCUCAGUGAGCAGCAGCGCUUUGGGUCAGUGCUACAGGAGCUGUAAAGUUGCUGUCUGUGCAGGGCCGCCUGCUGCUGUCAGUUCCAGGCCCUGCUGUGGACUGCUUGUGAGUCGUUCAGGUUAAAUGUUCGUCUUGAAGAGUAACUCUCAGAAACUACUUUGCAUUCGGUAUGUCUGAGGACCACUGUAGUGUCGGAUUGCUGUAAACACCCACGUGUGCCCAUCCUCCCCACUCCCGACAUCAGUUAAACACACUGAGCGGCGCUGAUGGCCAAAUUUUCUCGUGGUUUUUUUUUCCCCAUCGAUGCUUUUAAACUUUGAAAAACACUUUAGGUUGAUUCUGAUUUCCUGCUCAACAGGAAGAGAUGGCUGUGCCUCUCAGUACGUCUGUCUUAAUGAUGGCAUAUAAAGGCUUCUUUAGAUCUUCAGGGACGUUGCUUAUGCAUAAGUAACACACCUAGUUAUCCAUGAAACGGUAUAUGUAUGCAUUCAGUAUGAUCUAAAGAAUUUACUUAAUUACCAGAACUUUAUCACAUGCAGUCAAGGGAAACCUAAUUCCUAUGCCAUCAGUAUAUGAACUUCUCAAAGAUCACACAUUAUGGGUAGGUUGUGUGUGGCUUGACUAGGACUUUAAAGCAGUGAGUAGGUACUUCAUUUAAACUGAAGGAUGGCAGAAUAUGCAAGUUAUUCUGUCCUUUGUUGUACAAAAAGGUCUUGCCUAUUUUCAUAUUUUAGCAGUUGUCCGAGUGAGCAGCCCCACGUCUUCAGGUCCCAGACACCGGGCAGUGUGUGACCCCUGACUGCACGCAGCCUUGUCUCCUGCUGGCCUCUUUCCUCUCUACUCACAGGGAGCUUUUGUUUUUGCUAGUUCGUUUUUCUUUAACUUGUAACCGUAAUUUUGAAAAGGGCUAUGCCAUUCACAAAACGGUGACAAAGAAUCCUGUUCGAUUUAGUCCUACAUCUGAGUUUUCCAGACAUUAAAGAAAUACUUUAGCCUAAGAGAUCUGCAAUAGUUGAUUUUAUCAUUUUGUAAAGGAAGCACUUUCUUUUAAUAAAAUGUUAUUAAUAAGCUA